AGCACCGAAACGAGAGCCCAUGGAGACUACGGAGCAUGGAUACGAUUCUACACGGCCUGAAUGGCGCACAGCGCACGGCAGUGACCAGUCCCGCUUCGGUUUUACAGAUUCUCGCUCCUCCAGGCUCAGGAAAAACCAAGACGCUUACGGCUCGUGUCGCGUAUCUCCUCGCACAUGAUGGCCUUGACCCGACCAAUAUCAUCGUUACGACCUUUACUAUCAAAGCUGCCCGAGAGAUGGGAGAACGGGUUCGCUCACUUGUCGGAGAUGAUUUAGGGAAAAAGCUUGUCCUUGGUACUUUUCACUCUAUUUGUCGUCGCUAUCUUGCCGUUUAUGGUCACCUGAUUGGCAUUCAAAGACGCUUCGGCAUCGCAGACAGCAGCGACAGCUUAGGCAUUAUCAAGCGCAUCAUCAAGCGGCUCAAACUCAAUAUUGAUCCUGCAGCAACUCGCACACGCAUCUCAAACAGCAAGGCAAAAGGCAUAUCACACGAUGAUGUGACGGCAAAGAAUCACACUUCCAAGAUUCUCGAUCAGCAGGAAUUUGCAAUUGCCUACCGCGAGUACGAAUUGACUUUGGCUCAGUCAAACCUUCUCGACUUUGAUGACCUCUUGGUCCGUUGCGUCGAAUUACUUCAGCAGCACCCAAAAUGUGUCUCAAAAGUGCAGGCCGUCUUAAUAGACGAAUUUCAAGACACGAAUCACAUCCAAUUUGAGUUGAUGUGUCUGCUUUCUCAAUAUCAAAAGAGAAUCACCAUUGUGGGCGACCCUGAUCAAAGCAUUUAUGGCUUUCGCUCCGCAGAAAUUGAAAACCUCAAACGCAUGCAGCAGUGCUAUCCAGACACGUUGACUGUCUUUCUCGAGCAGAAUUACCGAUCUUCUGGCUCAAUCCUCCUUUCUGCAAUGGAAGUCAUUCAACAAGACUCAUCCCGUCCAAACAAUAAUCUCAUACCCACCCAUUGUGUUGGCACCCGUCCGGUCCUGAGGAAACUUCAUUCUGCUGCUACAGAGGCUUUAUGGAUCGUCACGGAAAUUAAGCGCUCUCUUGCGCUCACUGGAAGCUUAUUACGCCUUUCGGACUUUGCUAUACUUGUCCGCUCGGCCUUUUUAUCUCGACACAUCGAGUCCGCUUGUGGCAAAGCUGGAAUCGCAUAUCGCAUGGUCGGCGGCUGGAGGUUUUACGACCGACUUGAGAUCAAAAUUCUUUUAGACUACCUCCGAAUCAUCAGUCAUCCGGGAAAUAGCGAUGCGCUCGCUCGAAUUAUCAAUGUGCCCUCCCGCAGGAUUGGCGAAACCACCAUCAAAAACCUCCUAGAAGAGGCAGAGACAAAUUCAAUGACUCUAUGGGCUCUCAUUAGCGGAGUCUUACGAGGAAACUUGACGUCCAAAAUUAAAUUCACAAAGGUAGCUCAGCAAGGGCUCUCAUCACUUUCAAAUCUUAUAAUUGAGUCCAGACAAAUGCUCUCUGACUGCACCAAAUCCAAGUUUAACCUCGUGGACCUGUUAGAAAACGUCAUGAAAAAGUUGGCGUACAAGGAGUUCUUGGAAAAGACGCACUCUGAAGACCACGAAUCCAGAUGGGCGAAUGUUCAAGAACUCGUGGCACAGGCAUCCGAUUUCUCACUUUCGAUACAGAAUGGAUCCGACGAAGACGAAAGUCUCCCCGAAGUUGAGGAAUUACCUCAACAAAAGCCCACAUCCUUCGAAGACGGGCUCGCAAGGUUUCUUGCAAACGUGGCACUGUCCUCUGAAAUCAAACCAGAGGACGCACAGGCCGGCAUUAAUGACCAAGUCGUAAUAUCAACCAUCCAUGCGGCAAAAGGUUUAGAGUGGCCUGUUGUAUUUAUUCCUGGAGCUUAUCAAGGUUCCAUACCUCACUCACGAUCAGACGAUAUGGACGAGGAGCGCAGACUCCUCUAUGUUGCAAUGACACGAGCAAAAGCUCUGCUUUAUUUGAGCUGCCCGACCAAAAAUUCUAAUCAAGACUGCACAAAAUUGUCUCAAUUCCUAUCUAGCGAGACUCUUGCGGCGCUUCUUCAGAAUAAAGGCCCCUCUUUCACAUCGGUCGUUGCCGGAUCGCUCGCUCAAAUACUCGGACGCAGCUGUCCGCCCAAAUUGACGUUGCCAGAAAACCAUGGCUUGAAGAGCUUAGAGGAUGACAUAUGGCCACUUAAUGGAGAAAUGGUCGCAAACAAUGGGGACCGUCACGACGGCUUGCAAUUAGGCAAUGCUCAGCAUGCCGGAGAACGAUGGUCCACGAAAUUCACAUCUUUGGAACGUCACAAGCUGUCCGCUCCUGGCGCUGAGCAAUAUAAAACUUCGCUUGCCGAGCAAUCUCUGCCAAUCACCAUGCAACGCGACUCAUCCUUUUCCAUCUCCAAUACCACAAUUCAGAACGGCUUCAUAAGUGCUGGACAACAUUCACAAAAUGCCGGCUUGACAGCUGAGCCAUCGCGUCGUGAAAGCCAUACCGAUUUGGAAAAUCGCACUGGCUGCAAGAGCUCAACAAAACCGUCGCGCCUUCCCGGGCUCCCCGAAAUAGGUGAAAAGUCAGCGGCGAUUGCAGGCGCCAGGCAAUCUCGACUGACAAGCUUUUUUGCAAAGCCUGGCUCGGUCCAAAACAAGCUUGAUAUCGUCUCCAACUUCCCUCGCUCGUCUUUGGCAAAUUCCCGGCUGGAUACGGAUAUGGUUUCUACACAUGUGCCCUAUGAAUUGCCUAAUCUUCCUUGUGAGGUCUCUUAUACCAAGAAAGCAAGAGGCACAUCAAACUCGGAAGACAACUUUAGUCAAAGACUACAGGAAGAGCACUCUACAAUUGGCGCCAUUCCCCUGUCCUUGUCAAGACAUCGACCGAGGGCACCUGUCCCGAGGAAGCCGUUGGCGCAGUUUUCACAAGAGCCUGCGUCUAAAAGGAAAGCAUACACAUUUCUUUCCAGCUCGCCUCCUCCGUUCGAUCAAUCCAAACAAGUCGCAGCUGAAGCUGAGCAAGCAGCCGGUGAUCUCCAAAAAGAUAUUCCAAAGCAAUCUAUCGAACAAGAAAUUCCCAGCGGUAUUCGUCCUGCAAAGACAUUUCACAAUACAACGAUUGCUGCACUCAACUCUUCUAAUGGGACAAUGAGGAGAACUCUCGGAGUUCGAAGGAGCAUGAAUGGAUGGUCGGACAAAGGGAAUAAGGCAUUUGCGGUGCCCGCAAAACGCAACAACCCAGGAUGAUGCUUCACCGCCGGAAUAGGAAAGCCAAAAUCCAAUCGUGCAAGACACGGGCUUCCCAUCUCUCAAGAGACGCAAAGAAAUCAUUCACAAGAAGCCUAUCACUAUCGUGCCGGCACAUUAAAAAAUCUUUACUAGAUCCAAACUCUGGAGAUGAGCCUGGUCAUUAAGGGAAAGGAAGUGACGCACCACUGGACCGAGAUACUAGAUUUGAAAUUUCGAAGAGGCAGAUAUUCCGCCAAAUUCGAGCAGAGGCUG